AUGAGACAGGUCCUAUGUGCCUCAUCAGUGUAUAAGAUUCCACCCAUAGAAUAUACACUGGAGUUACUAGAAGUGGCAUUAAAGAACAACUAUUUCCAUUUCGAAGAACAAUGGUACAUGCAGAUAUCGGGAACGUCCAUGGGCGCAGCGAUGGUGCCCAUGUACGCCAACGCGUAUAUGUACGUGUUUGAAACAGAACACAUAUUAAAACCAUUCCAACAAAAUAUCAUCAAGUAUUUCCACUUCAUAAACGACGUCUUGAUAAUAUGGGGAGGCACAAUAACACAGGCUUAUGAGAUGGUGGAACAUAUUAACCAACUUCCAACACCAGUACGUAUGAUGGCCGAUGUAAGUUCAGAGAAGGUCCAUUUUUUGGACGUGGAGUUAUCUGUAGAAGAUCACAAAAUUGUAUAUAGCCUCUACUCCAAACCCGCAGACCGAAAUACAAUACUACACUAUACUAGUGCUCACCCUAUAAAUUUGAAAAAUUCCAUUCCUCGAACUCAAUUCCUCAGAGUUAUGAGAAAUAAUUCUGAAGAAAUAGUGAAACAGCAACAAAUAAUCCAAAUGAAGAUGAAAUUCCUGGAAUGA